CAGCACUUUGAUCUAUAAUUCAUAGAGUGUUGUACACGUAUCUACGUUAUAUGUAAAUAAAAGAUCUUAUCAGAUAAAUAUUAACAAUCGGACUCGUGAAAUACCGCCCCAACGUUGUUCAAAAUGCGGCAAAUUCAUUGUAACACGGACUGGACUUUGUAAAGGGACCUCAAAUUGCUAUUGAAGCUUAAUUGUUUCGAAAAUAUCACAGUAUACAAUUUCAACACGGUAUAAGCUGUAACACAUGUUCCGUAAGGAGAUCAUAUAUUUCGUCAGCUACAUCCCCAUUCAUCGAAAAAGGAAACACGUUUCUGUUCAAUUAUUAUCUGUGUUUUUGCUGGUUUAUUCAUUUAAUAAAUGAUUGAAUAGAAAACAUAAUAUCUACAGACAAAGAAUCACAGCGUCAGUUUAUGUUGGUAACUUGUCGUUCCAAAAGAUCCUACACAGUUUGGGGUCGUGCAAUAGGGAAAGUACGUGCCUAUCGAUAUUGUCCAAUGGCCAGAUGUACGAAUCUGAUGGUGUGCAUCCUGGUUUGCAUGUUUGUGAUGAACAUAACACUGGAUGUAUUUCACUUAACAUACUUGCCAUUAUUCCAAAUUGUUCCUAAACUUAGAAACUGGAGAUAUUUGAAAAAUUCGUCUUGCAUAACAUUUGAACCAUUUAAGACUAUACCCGUUUUCGAAGAAAGUGUUAUCCAGCAUAUCCGCAAAACAGAACGGCGAGUGUUUGACGUCGAUUGUGCCGCUAUUAUUAACGGGAACAAACCGGAAAUUGAUCGCGCAAUCGCGAUUAUGAACAAUAAAACAUUUUCACGAAAGGGUAUUUCAAACACUGAUUAUAUCAAUUUAACAAAGAACUGUGAUACAUUUAAACUUGCCCGUGGUUACCAUGGCUUCAUUCAGAGUACAGAAGAACAUGACUUCCCAAUUGCGUUCAGCAUUUUGCUGUAUAAGGAGGUGGAACAAGCUGAGCGUCUUUUGCGAGCCUUGUACACCCCUCAGAAUCUCUUUUGCUUGCACGUGGAUGGCGAUGCAGCUCCGGAAGUUCAUGAGGCCGUGCAGGGAAUAGCGGACUGCCUAGGCAAUGUGUUCGUAGUGUCCAAGAAGGAGUUCAUUGUAUACGCCGGAUUUUCCAGGCUCCAGGCGGAUAUUAAUUGUAUGGAAAAUCUUGUGGAACGUGGAAAGGACUGGAAAUAUUUCAUCAAUCUCCCUAGUCAACAGUUUCCUAUCAAGACAAACGCGGAACUUAUUAAAAUACUCAAAAUUUACAACGGUGCAAAUGAUAUAGAAGGGCUGACCGGACAUAGACGUGUAGAGAGUCGGUUUCAAUUUAGAUACUUUUACAACCGAACGAAGCCAACAGAUGUCAAACCCCAAAUAAUUAGAUCAACUUAUCUUCGGAACGAUCCCCCUGUCAAUAUAACGGUUGUGAAAGGAAGUGCAUAUGGAGUUUUCAGUCGUAAAUUUGUCGAAUUUGUGGUUAAAAGUAAAUCAGCCCGAGAAAUUCUAGACUGGUUCCGAGAUGUGUACAGUCCGGAUGAAUAUUACUGGUCUACACUCCAGCAUAAUCCUCAGAUAGGGACCCCUGGGUCAUUUUAUUACGGAAAGCCCGAUGAUAAGCCAUGGCUAUCAGUAUAUGCAACCUGGCUAGGGAACAAACCGUGUCAAGGGAAGUUCGUCAGGGGCGUCUGUGUAUUCGGGAUUGGCGAUCUCCAAGAAUUAGUCAACAAGCGCCACCUGUUCGUGAACAAAUUUCACCUGGACUACCAACCUUUGGUUCUUGACUGUAUCGAGGAAUGGCACCUCAACAGAACCGCAGACCCGAGCCAUGUGUUAGCGUUCAAUGACACGUUUUAUCAACAGUUACCGUUUAUCAAACCGAAGGAAGACUGACGUCACUGAAAAUCCGGUCGCUUUGUAAUUCUUAAGUUUUAUGUAAAAUGUGUAAAAUGUUUUAAGUACUUUCAUGUGAACACGUAAUAUAUUACGUAUUUAAUAACACUCAGCUGUGUUGCUCCACACUUUUCUGUCACUCUUGCUUAGGUUUUGAAAACCAAAUAGCGUAACACACAGAUGACUUUGAUGGCUAUUUUGAUGAGUAAAUACCAUUACAUAAAACUGAACGGCCUCAGCGGGGGGCUCAUGAUCCGUAAAUAUUGAAAAACACGCUAUAGUGUAUUUGACCUCAACAUGUUUUUAGGUAAAUGAUAUAUUCUCGCCUUGUAGGUUCGUUGAAUAACUAAAUUAUUUCAAAGAAAGUGUCAUACAACACUUUCUUAUAGAAUCACUGCAACAUACUUUAGCGUUGACCAGAAAAUGAAACCAAAUCGGUGUUUGUUUUUACCUAUUUAUUUAACUCGAUUGAAUCAAAAGCCUGAAUAUUAUUGAGGCGGGAUCGAGUCGGUUUCGUGGGUAGAUCCGGAAAUUGACAAUGACGACUUAAAAAAAAAAUUUGACGAAAGUCUAUGGUCUUCAGUU